GCCAAGCCAUUUACUUCGCUAUCGACUCCCUUUAUGCACUGAUUUUUACGCUUUUCUGUCCCACCUCACACGUCGGGACAGAAACCGUGGCCGAAUCUUUAAGGGGGCGCAAUAAAACGGCAAUAAUUGCUGCGAAGAGUCAAAGUGAGUUAAUAAAGUUCAUAAUUAGUGAGUGAUGUUCUUAUAUUAGGCUAAAUACAAAUGCUUAUUUAUUACUGUGCUAGACUGUUAGUGCACUUUAUUAUUUAAUCAUAUACCCAAAAUCAUAAAAAAUACACUACUUAGACUGUGACGUGCUAGAUGACAUUUUUGAAAAUCAUUUUUACAUUGGACUCAAAGUGGACGAGACUCAUACGGCUGACGUGAGUGUCAUUGCCUUUGCUCUGUCCAUUCGGCGGAGUGCGGGGAAGCCAAAGCAUUCACAUGUUAAACAGGACCGACUAUAAAUUGUGGCGCUCUGCCGAAUUUCCUCACUGGCUGUUUCGGGACCAAACGCGAAGGAAAUUUCAUAAACUCUGAAGAUGGUCGCAGUUUCUGAUCAUUCACCCAAGGCGCUUAACAACGGGAGAAAGGUUUCAAAACCGUUAAUGGAGAAGAAGAGAAGGGCUCGUAUUAACGAAUGUCUGGACGAACUUAAACUGCUGAUGGAAACCUACUACACUAAUUACAUUCGGAAACGAAAACUGGAAAAAGCGGACAUUUUAGAAAUGACGGUAAAACAUCUACGAAAUCUCCAAAAAACUCAACGAGGUCGAUUCAUGGAUUCUAAGUGCGUUGAGUACCAAGAAGGCUUUAAAAGUUGUUUGAACGGGGUGCACGAGUUCCUGCUGACGGCCGAUAACUCUAACGGUGUGCUGCGUUUUAAUGUCCUGAGACAUCUUUCGGACCGCCUGUCCGGACUGCCUUCGUGGUCCAGCACCGCAGACAACGACGAGAAUCACCGCAUGUCCUCUACUGAGCCACACCCAUGGACCCCAGUGCCAGUAACAGCCAGGGACUGUAACAUUAGCCUUUUAGGUGACCCGCGAUCGGCUGAAAUAAGAGUUCAAAGUAAAAAUCAGCGACAUCUUCCAUGUUCCCGAAAUGAGACGCAUGCGCCCGGUUUCUUGAAUUUGCAAAAGGAGCAUCGCCCUGCCGCGUCCCAAUGUUAUUGGCGUCCUUGGUGAAACCCUGAAUGCCUUAAAUAUAGCCUAUGGUGAAUAUUGGUUAAGUGCAUGGUAGAAAAAGGGAGAACUGAGACACUUAUAUGUUUGAUACGCGGUAUCUUUACACCUAUGUGUUCUGCUUAAGCUCAAUUCUUGAGCUUUCAGUAAUACUUUUAUGUUUUAAUAUUUAUAAUUAGGAUAAUAUUUUUUGAGUGAGAAAGUACAUUUUCAAAAUGUCAGUAUCCACCGUAUAGUUUAACCAGCCCUUUAGCAGCCAGCCCUACUUUACUUGUAUUACAAUAGUUA